GCGCACUACGGCUGACCCCUCCGGUUUCUGCGUGCGGUGCCACGUUAGUAGCGGUAGACACAAAAUACUAGCUACUCUCCCAACCUUAAACAAGGAAGAACACCAGAACUAGGACCACUUUCACAGCUAACCCGUAGCCGACAGUUUCUGGAGCUCUAGUGUCUCUGUCAAGAACAACAUUCGACGCUUAUCAUGCUGAAGCUUCUGCUCAUCUGCACACUGGCUGUUGCCAGCAGAGCCGAAAUCGCUGAGGAAGAUGAUGUCCUGGUACUGAAGAAAAGUAACUUCGACGAGGCUCUGAAAGCUCACCCCAACAUCCUGGUGGAAUUCUAUGCCCCAUGGUGCGGUCACUGCAAGGCCCUGGUUCCAGAGUACGCCAAGGCUGCCGGCAUACUGAAGGCCGAGGGCUCAGCGGUGCGCCUGGGUAAGGUGGACGCCACAGAGGAGACUGAACUGGCCCAGGAGUAUGGUGUGCGGGGAUACCCCACCAUCAAGUUCUUCAAGGGUGGAGAGAAGGAGUCACCCAAAGAGUACUCUGCUGGCAGGCAGGCUGACGACAUUGUGGCCUGGCUGAAGAAGCGCACCGGCCCGGCCGUCGCAACCCUGGCUGGAGUCACCGAGGCCGAGUCUCUGAUCGCUGACAGCGAGGUGGCAGUCAUCGGAUUCUUUAAGGAUGCUGAGUCUGACGGUGCCAAAGCCUUCGAGAAGGCAGCUGAAGCCACAGACGACGUCCCCUUCGCCAUGACCGCCAGCGACGACAUUUUCGCCAAGUACGAGGUGGUGAAGGACAGCGUUGUCCUCUUCAAGAAGUUUGAUGAAGGGCGCAACACCUUUGACGGAGAGCUGACCAAAGAAGACCUCCUGGCUUUCGUCAAGGCCAACCAGCUGCCUCUGGUCAUCGAGUUCACAGAGCAGACUGCCCCGAAAAUCUUCGGUGGAGAAAUCAAGUCCCACAUCCUCAUGUUCCUGCCCAAAACGGCUAAAGACUUUGACGACAAAAUGGACCAAUUUAAGAAAGCUGCAGAGGGAUUCAAGGGCAAGAUCCUGUUUAUCUUCAUCGACAGCGACGUGGAUGACAACCAGCGCAUCCUGGAGUUCUUCGGCCUGAAGAAAGAGGAGUGCCCCGCCAUCCGCCUCAUCACCCUGGAGGACGAGAUGACCAAGUACAAGCCCGAGAAUGACGCCAUCACAGCAGAGAGCAUCAUCGGCUUCUGCAAACUUUUCGCUGAGGGCAAACUCAAGCCCCACCUCAUGAGUCAGGACAUCCCUGAAGACUGGGACAAAACCCCUGUCAAGAUUUUGGUGGGAAAGAACUUCGAGGAGAUCGCAUUCCAUCCCUCCAAGAACGUCUUUGUGGAGUUCUAUGCACCUUGGUGUGGACACUGCAAACAGCUGACUCCCAUCUGGGAGAAGCUGGGAGAGAAGUACAAGGACAGCGCCGACAUCGUUGUGGCUAAGAUGGACUCCACAGCCAAUGAGAUCGAGACGGUCAAAGUCCACAGCUUUCCCACUCUCAAGUUCUUCCCCGCAGGAGACGAGCGCAAGGUGAUCGAUUACAACGGGGAGAGAACACUAGAGGGCUUCAGCAAGUUCCUGGAGAGCGGCGGUAAAGAUGGCGGCGCCCCCGCUGGAGACGACGAUGACGAUAUGGACGCAGAGGAUUUAGAUGACGUGGACGAAGGACAGGACAUUGACUCUGAUGGCGAGGACGACGGUCACGACGAGUUGUAAGAGCUGGAAGAGGAGAGAGAGAGGAGACGAGUCCCGCCCCGCCCCAACCCUUCCGACCAUCACCACCAUCACUUCCUCGUGGACCUUCCCUGUCCUGUGAACAUUAAUACUUCCUCUCAGUCAGUCAUCCAUCAGUGGCGUGGCAGGGGCUUCUUUUUUUUUUGCCAGCCACAUCUCCAACUUCACAACAUCUGGCCAGACUCGUCUUGUCCAACCGAGGGAGGAGGGGGGGGACUCUGUGGAAGAGCGCAGCACCUCCAUGGGAGACCUCAAUGCCUUCUGCUCCACAUCAGCUGUUUGCCUUGUAUAUUUAAACCAAAUGUAAGAACGGCAUUGAGAUCCAGUUUCAUAAUGUUUGCUUUGUCUCCUGUUGAAUUUGCUCCCCUCCUCCCUUUAGAAAAACUAAAGAAAAAAGAAAAGCCUUGCCAUGUUCA